AAAUCUAAAUUAUGCUACUGCAGUAUUCCGAUAAACUUGUCGUGUGCCGGUUAAAAUAAAUUGUUCAAAUAACUUUGUGGGCUAUUUAAAAAUGUAUCUGGAACUUAAUUUUGUUAUUGAUGAAGUGAGUUUCAAGUAAUUCUAAUGAAUUGGGCAAUCAUCAAUUCAAUCAUCAUUAUUAUGGAAAAAGCGUAAAAACCUACACAUGAUUUCUCUAGCUGAUCAGUUUGGAAAGAUAUAUCUAUAAGCGUUUGGAAAGACACUCUGACUCAGGAACAAAAAAUAGAUAAUAAUAAUUGAGGAUCAAUUUAUGUAUAUAGAAAUGGUGACAUUUUUAUGGAGGUCCACAAUGGGCUCACGUGAGGUGUGGACACGGUGACUGUUGAAAUAUUUUCGAAAGUCAAAAUUCCACGUAAUAAUUCUUACUAAUAGGGAUAAUGAGUGGCGGGAUUGGUUUAUGGGUUCUGGUACUUUCCGUAAUUGGGAGUUUGGCUUCUGGAAGUUUGGCAGGAAUUUCCAAAACCGCACAGAAAGUCGAAGCUAUCGGCAGCUCGGAUAGUAGUGAAAAUGGACCAACAUCUAUGUAUUUGUUCAAUAGGACUUAUAGACAUAGGAGUUUCAUCCCCUUCGUCAUUCCGCACCCAAUGAACAAUUCGUUAGCGAAUCUCACUGAAGACAAUGGAGCCAGUAAUGACUCAGAUGAUGACGACUUUCCACCGUUUCUCACGGACGAACAGCUGAAGAAUGGUGGUGUAGUGCUUUGCUUGCUUGUGGCCAUCUACUGCUUUACCCUUUUGGCCGUUGUCUGCGACAAGUACUUUUUACCGUCAAUCGAGAGAUUAUGUGAAGUGCUAAAUAUUUCUGCAGAUGUAGGCGCUGCCACCUUCAUGUCAGUGGCCACAUCAUGUCCAGAAUUAUUCACGAAUAUAAUAUCAACGUUUGUAAUCAAUUCAGAAUUGGGAAUAGGAACUAUCGUCGGAUCGUCUAUGUUCAAUUCCCUGGGAGUGGCUUCUAUUGGAUCUUUGGCUGCUAUAAGGCCAAUUCAACUAGAUUGGUUUCCUGUAACCAGGGACGUCUGCAUCUACAUGAUGGCCAUAUCCACUUUGGUAAUCAUAGUGUGGGACAGCUACAUUUACUGGUACGAAGGCCUGACGUUAUUUAUCUUAUAUUUCCUCUAUUUCAUCGUUAUGUUUCAAAAUCCUAGAAUAUCAAGAUUCGUUAGACGACAAGUGGAUAAGUAUAAAAAUCGGUCUUCGGUUGAUACAGUUGAUAAUGGUAAAACUCUAGAAAUCCACGAGCACGAAUUUAAUCGAGAUUCUGUAAGGGCUUCAGUUGCUUCAGCUUUUGGUACCUAUUCGGAAAAUAUUCGAAAGUCUGCUUUUGAACAUCCAGACGAAUUUAGAAAAGCCAGAGAGGCAGAGGAACAAAAUGAAAUAGAAGCAAUCAAAAAGAGUCCGUUUAGGAUACCGGAAGGAGGUUGGUUUACGAAAUUCAUAUUUUUCUAUACUUGGCCCAUAAAGAUGGCACUACGCUGUACCAUGCCUAAUCCCAAAGUACACCCAAAAUUGUGGUUUGUGACGUUUAUUUUGUGCAUUUUCUGGAUCGGUGGUAAUUCUUAUAUGGUGUCCUGGAUGAUAACUAUCGUUGGGGGUGUCUUGGGAAUUCCUGCAACCGUCCAAGGAAUGACAUUUGUAGCAGCUGGAGGUUCAUUACCAGAGUCGUUGUCCAUUGCUAUUAUGUCGCGAAGAGGUGAAGGUAAAAUGGGUGUCUCCAAUUCCUUAGGUGCCAACACCAUGAACAUCCUCUUCUCCCUAGGGAUGCCAUGGUUCUUCAAAACCAUAUUGAUGGGUACCAAUAAUAAUGCCUUCAUAAAAAUCGAAUCAGGAUCGAUUGUGUAUACAAUAAUGGCCUUGAUAGUCGUGGCCAUUAUCCUUUAUUUGACAUUAUUCUUUAACAAAUUCAGAUUAUCAAAAAUUACUGGAUUUGUGCUGGUGACUGUGUACACUAUUUGUAUCGUGUUAGCUUGUCUGUCUGAAAUGGUGUUUUUCAAACACAAGUAAAAGUUUCAGGUCUCGAUUCAAGAAAUCAAAGAAUACGUUGUGCCAUAUUAGGUGUCUUAAGGUGAGUCCCCAGGGGGGUGGCUUAUUGUCGCAUGAGAAGUAUUUGUUUAAUAGGCAAUUUUUAUCCUCUGGAUGUUGGCAAAAAACCACCCAAUUGGGGGCACGUUUUAGCAAACCAAAUGCACCUUUUGAUGUAAUAGAGAAUUUUAAUUAUAUUCUAAUAAGAAGAAUAAUUAUGUCCUUCAAAUUUCUUGGACUGUACCUAUAGGUAUGUUUACUGGAUUUACUAGUCAUAGUUUUAAACUUAUCAUUUUAUAGAUUGAUAAUAUUGUUGGUUCUGAUACCUAAUUCCAUUUAAACUUUUGCUUUGAUGUACCUACUAGGUAGCUAUCUAAAUAUUAAUUCAUUUAUUCAAGUGCCAAAAAAAUAGAUAAUAAAACAAAAUAGGUAUUACUUGAAAUAUGUACUUGAAAACAUACACAAUCUGUUUACAUUUUUGUAAAACUGAGUGACAUUUGAAUUAUAUUGUUCUUUUGGAAAAAGAUCACAAUCGCGAUGAAGCAUGAAAUUGUUGCUAUCAAGUUUUCGAUUUUACCUUUGGACCAGGGUUUUUGUUAAUACUCAACAAUUAUUAUAUUUUUUAAUAGAAAAAAUUACAUUGUAAAUAGAAAAUGUAAAUAUAUACUUUUAGGUUAAAUUAUAUAAAUUAUCUUCAAGUUGUUUUUAAGACACUAUUGUUAAGUUUUUAGUAAAUUAAUGUUUCGUUUUUUAAAAAUUGUUAUAAAUAAAUAAAUAUUUAUUUAUUUGAGGUAA